AAAUGCGGUAAACAUGGUAAAACUAUAAAAACAUGGUAAAAAUUCGGUAGUAAACAUGGUAAAACUAUAAAAAAAAACAUGGUAAAAAUGUGGUAACAUGGUAAAAUGCAGUAAACAUGGUAAAACUAUAAAAAUGUGGUAAACGUGGUAAAAUGUGGUAAAAGUAUAAACACAUGAUAAAAAUGUGGUAAACAUGGUGAAACCACAAAAACAUGGUGAAAAUGUGGUUUAACAUGAUAAAACUAAAACAUGGUAAAAAUAUGGUAAACAUGGCCAAAACUAUAAAAUGCAAAAACAUGGUAAAACUUUAAAAACAUGGUAAAAACACAGAAAACAUGAUAAUAACGUGGUAAACAUGGUAUAAGUACUGAGAUGAAGCGCUAUGAGAAGAGUAUUUUGUAUAUAUUUGAGUCAGUGGUCGGGCUCCUGAUUAAUAACAGUCUCUGGCUCUGUGUUUAGCGCGGUACCCGCGCCGCCGCUGCUGCUGCUGGAUGCCAGCCGGUAAUGAUGUAGUGCUGAUGCUAUUCAGAUCCAGUCAGGAGGUCUGGUUGAUAUCUCUCCAGGAACUCUGGAACUCUGGAACACGGUCAUUGUGUGACUGCAGACAGCUGUCCAGGACAGUUAUAGCGCCUAGUGGAGUUCAGAGUUCUGUAGUUUUAGUUCAUAUAAACGCUUUAACAAAUGCUUUUCAGUAUUUUCCAAACGUCCAGAUGACCUUUCAGCUGUCCUUCAUCUCACCAGUGAGUUUACCAAGGGGUCACCAGUGCUUCUGGACCAGGACCAGGCUCUGCUGUUCUAACUCAGUUUCUUUCAUUUUUGGCUUUUUGUGUUUUUAGUUCGCCUUAGAAACUUUUAAAAACUUUAAGACUUUAUAAAAAGCUCUUACGAAAUUCUGAUUCCGGAUUGUUCUUGUUGGCCUAGCGCUUUCUCAACAAGCUCCUCCUGAUCUGAAGGGCUGGAUCUUCUCACGGUUGGUAAACUGGGCGGAAAAACUGAAUUCUGAAGGCUGAAGUCUGAAAGCAGAAGCAGAGAGUUACUAGAACUUCUUGUGGAAAUGGAGACGCGACAGAGGAGGCAGUGCGCGAGAGCGUGCGAGCGAGAGAGUGAUUCACGGAUCUCUGAGGACGGGGAGCUUUCAGAAAGCUUGGGAAGAAAAGAACAUGUGGAGCUCUGGAGGAGGAGGAGGGGGCGGGCUGGCGACUCCCGGAACUCUCCACAGAAGGGGCUUCCUGCUUGGCACGGUUGGCAGGCUGUUGGCAUGGCGGCGGGUUUGGUGGUAGCGGGGGUGACGGGGCUCUCGCACGCCUGGUAUGUUUACUCCAUUCACGAGAACCUGCUGUGGUUUUCACAGUUGGAGGAAGUGGAGCGGGAGAUCUCGUUUCGGACCGAGUGCGGACUCUACUACUCCUACUACAAACAGAUGCUCAGAGCUCCAUCUAUACAGGAAGGUCUGUAUGAGCUGGUAAAUGACAACACUACAGAGUCUAAAAGGACCAUUAAUAUUCUGCAGAGGAUGAACAUCUACCAGGAGGUGUUGCUUAGCAUCCUCUACAGGAUCCUGCCCAUUCAGAACUACCUGGAGCCGGUUUAUUUCUACAUUUACACCGUAUUUGCUCUGCAAGUUGUUUAUGUUCUCGGGCUCUUCUUCACCAGCUGGAUGCUGAGCGACUCAUGGCUGGCUGGUGCGCUCACUGGAGUCUGGUACAUCCUCAACAGGAUAGACACUACGCGGGUGGAGUUCACAAUCUCUCUGAGAGAGAACUGGUCUCUGCCGUUCUUCGCCCUGCAGGUCGCUGCCAUCACCUGUUACCUGAGACCCCACCUCAGACCCGCCCACCAGAGGGUGGUGCUGUGGCUGGUGUUUGUCUGCACGCUGUGCUUCUGUCUGACGUGGCAGUUUAAUCAGUUCAUCCUGCUGGUGCAGGCCCUCCUCAUCUUCACCCUCGAUGCCCUGGACUUCCUGACAGCCAAACAGGUGACGUCUCUGUACCUGGUUCAGGUGGUGAGUCUGCUGAGUGUGUGGCUUCUUCAGUUCUGUAACUCUAUGAUUCUGGGAUCUCUGGUGCUCAGCUUCAUCGUGUCCGUGCUCUUCAUCAAACACUUCCAGACAGGGCUAAAGACGGGAGGGUUCGUUGUUCGGGUGGGGAAGUUGGUUCUCCACGUGUUUCUGGUCCUCACAUUAACUUUCAUCAUCAAUUAUUCAGCCAAGAAAAUCCUGCAGCUGAGGUCGGACGAGCACAUCUUCAAGUUCAUAAAGGCGAAGUUUGGCUUGGGGGCGACGAGAGAUUUCGAUGCCAGCCUGUAUCUCUGUGAGGAGGCCUUUGGCUUGUUGCCUAUGGAUACGUUUGAGCGCUUGGCCGGCACUCUGCUGAUUUACCCGUACCUCUGCACCCUCUCAGUCCUGCUCAUCGUGCUGGCACUCGCCGCCAUGUUCAAUCUCAGAGAGGACGGUGCUGUCCGAGCGUCUGGAGACGGAGACGGAUUUAGGGACUAUGACGGAGACGAGUCGACUUUCAGCAUGAGGCCAGACAUCGCCUACAAUCUCCUACACACAGUCUUCUUCGGCCUGCUGGCUUUCUCCACCAUGAGGAUGAAGUACCUGUGGACCGGUCAUAUGUGCGCUUUCGCCGCCUUCGGGGUUUGUGGCAAGGAGGUGUGGGCACUGUGUCUCCGAGUGAUCCACUGCAACACUAAGGCUAAGCUCAGGCUGGUCAGGUACUCUGUUCCUGUGGUGGUUCUGGUGUUCCUCUAUUAUAAGUUUUGGCCCAGGUUAUCAGAGGAAGUGUCUGAGCUGAGGGAGUUUUAUGAUCCGGAUACGGUGGAGCUGAUGAACUGGAUCAGCUCCAAGACUUCUAAGCGGGCGGUGUUCGCCGGGAGCAUGCAGCUGCUGGCCGGGAUCAAGCUGUGCACGGGUCGGGUCCUGACCAACCACCCCCACUACGAGGAUCAGGCACUGCGCGAGAGGACCCGGCAGGUGUAUCAGGUCUACGCCCGUCAGUCGGCGGAGGAGGUCCACAGGUUGCUGCGGUCUGUCGGGGCGGACUACGUGGUGUUGGAGGACAGUAUCUGUUUCGAGCGUCGACACAGUCGCGGCUGCAGGCUGAGGGACCUCCUCGACCUCGCCAACGGUCACAUCAUGGACGGGCCCGGAGAUAACGACCCGGACCUGGUGCCGGCGUCUCACCCGCGGUUCUGCCAGGCCAUCAAAACCGGAGAGCCGCCGUACUCCACGCUCUUCACCCGCGUCUUCCAGAACAAGACCUUCCACCUGUACAAGCUGAAGAAGACCAAGAAGAAAAGCAAAGCGGAGAGUGGGGUGUAGUGGAGGGCUAGUGAUGGCCUACAAAGUCUCAAACCACGCCCACGAACUCAUAAACCACGCCCACGAACUCAUAAACUCCCAAACUCCGCCCACAGAACCACAUGAAAACCUUAAAACCUCCUCGUCCACAUCAACCCAUUAAAAAAAAAACCCAGGCCUGAACCUGCCUGCUCAAAAAAAGGAAUGUACCGUGAUUUUCUGAGCGCACUAAACAAGGCGGAGUCUGCCUAUACUUCACACUGAUUGGUUGGUAGAAUGUUGUCAGUUUAGCGAGAUGCUACGGUGGCUGAGAAGGAAAACGACUUAACAUUUCGAGAGAUUUGAGAAUUGAGCGAAGCAUCUUUCACAGUGAACGUGGAGAAAAAAAAAAAAAAAAAAUAUAUAUAUAU